AUGCCACCCAUUUUGGAUUCUAUCAGCAUCAAGGCAUCCAAGGCUGAAGAACUCAAGUCCGUAGCAGUCAUGCGGAAAUCGAAGGCCAGAGAGCUGCUCAAGCGCCUCAACUGUGAUGAUUCUCGCGAUGAAGACAUAGACAAGGCAAUCAAGUAUGCUCCUCCUCGUACAGUCCUCUACUGCGACGAAUGGCGCCUCCCCAAAUACAAGUACAUCCCUAAGUUUCCUGCGCCCCCCAGUGACGCCACCGAUGGCGACUGUUACUAUUUCUACGGCUUUGCUACGACCUUCAAAAAACUCGAGCAGAUCUAUCAUGAACAUCAGGAUGAGGCUAGCAAGAAGACCUCUUUAGUGGCGGGAAUUGGGCUCUUUAUUCUGAAGGAUAGGCUUGUUGGUUAUCCGGAUCUUUACCUUGUUAAUGCCGAGGUUGAUGAGUCAGCCAAGCCGGAAGAGAUCGUGGAAUUCGACGGACGAAAGAUGCUGAGGAUACUCGCAGUAGCUUGCACCAAGAGCAGGGAGCUGUUCUACAGGCGCCCUUCAUUGAAGCAGAUGCGAUUACUGGGGAAAUACUUGGGAUGUAAGCCCAGGUGGUUCAAGGAUAUUGUUCCUAAAGAUGAAUUUGAAGGAUGGGAUAUUGAGUGUGAGUUGCUUUCCCGAGUACAGUAGCGUCGUGUUUCUAAUACACUUGUAGGAUUGUGCUGGAAGUACCUGUAGCGUGUUAUCUUGUCUUGAACACUUCGUUUUGAUGAAUGGACGUACAGACCCUAGAGAUAGAACAGAUACACGCCUACUUUUUUUCCUGCUUCUCGAGUCUCCCUUAUACGCCGGUAAGAUGGUCUGUCCCUAUGGCUGUCUGGGACGCAUACCAAUGUGCCACACUGCGAGCACUCGGGCAGGGGGGACAAAAUGAAGAUGUUCCCGCGACCACGAGGCUCAGGAUUUGAUUGCAAGUUAGUUGGAUGGAGGAGAAUCAUCACUUCUAUGAUGCACCUUUUCUCUCAUUCGGUAUCGU